GUCACUUGGCGAUUUAUACCUCUCCAAUUCCAAGAUAAUAGAUAUAGAUACAAAUAUCUCAGUUAUUCUACUGUCUCCUCUGUACAGUAACUGACUAGCUGAAAAUGUCCCUUGUUUAUUUGAAGCAAUUGAGGGACAAAGAAAGAAAAGAACUUCCAAUCGAGACAUGGGAGGGCUUGACAGUGAAGGAACUGAGAGAGACUGCUUCCAGGACUUUGGCCAUUCCUCUGGACGUGUUCACCUUGAUAUUCAAUGGCCGGGUCCUCAAGUUGAAUAACUCGAUAUCCUACUACAAAAUUACUAAUAGUUGUACGAUAUUCUACACAAGAAAAGUCACCAAAGCCUCAGUCUUUAAUGCAGCUCCCCUACCAGAAGUGCAAGAGCACAGCUCCAGCUUCAACUCUCUGAUCACCAAUAGGCGAAUGCUUACAGUGAUUGGCCGCAUAUUAAGCAACCCUUCGUUGCUACAAGCCAUGCUUGUUGGAACUCCUCUUGAAGGCAACCAAGCUCUGACCGAUGCUCUUACUAGUCCGGCGCUACUGGCUAGUCUCUCUGAUCCAGACACCAUUGAAGAGUACCUUAGAGAGAAUCCUCACAUGGCUGCAUUGAUGGAGAACAUGCUGCGUGUUUAUCAGAACUUUGACACGAGUGGCGAGGGUGUGGAUGGGGCAGAUGGCGAGGGUACAGAUGGGGUGGGGCAGGAAAACAUGGACGAUGGACGAGAGGAACAAAUAAGAAUGGCUCAGCAAGAAGAGAUGUUUGAGCACUCUCAAGCAAUUCACGCCCAUCAGCGUCAGGCACAGGUGACCACUUCUGCUCAAGGCAACCAACCCUCAAUGUCACAGCCUAGUACACAGAGACAGAACAGCAGGGGAGCCAUCACACAGGACCUGCUAACCUCAGCUCUGGCUGGUGCCAUGAGUGGUUCCCCUCAGCCCUCACCUCUGUCCAGCCUGGACAUCUCAAACAGUGGUCCCCCGAGUCUUUCGUCCUAUCCAAGCCAUCCUACUACUCAACCAGUCCAAGCAAGCAGUAACGGUGGGAGGUCGGAACAAGUUGGCAGUAUUAGCAGACAGAACAACAUCACUAGCAACAUCCUACAACAAGCCCUCGCUUCUGCCGUCGGCAAUAUCUCUACAACCUCUAACUCUCAGCGUGAAGUGGAACGAAGGUUGACUCCACAAGAGAAGUAUAGGGCACAGCUUGAGCAGCUGCACUUUAUGGGUAUACUGGACGAUGCCCUGUCCAUUCAAGCUCUGGAUGCAGCCGGUGGUGACAUUCAAGCUGCCCUCGAGAUCAUAUACACUAGGUGAAUUAUGGUUCACAGACUAUGCGUGCCCUGCCGCCUUACUUCAAUAAUUAUGAUUAAUGCUAAUGUUAUCUGUAUUAUACAUGUAACUUCAUGAUUCAUUUGAUUCAUUCCAUUA